AUGGCCGACCAGACUGUGGUAAUUAUCGACGAUCAGGUGAAGCGUACCCGGACAGGUGGACAGGAAGCGCUGUACAAAGUCGAGGAAAUCGAACAUACCAAACCUGGGAACGCCAAAGAUGUGUCCGGCUCCGACGGGCCCGUAACGAUUAAAGGCUGGCUGAACCCUGAGAACCGAGAUGUUUCUCUCCAUGUGACUAUUGCCAAUAAGUCCAUUGGAACAAUUGAAGAUAACCUGCGGAAUAGAAUUAUCAUCCAAGUCGAUUUCCAGAAGCAUAAGGGGGAUAUUCAGUUUUCAGAUGUCGGUGGGGAUCAAAUCUCGGUUAUGUAUCAACUAUAUGAUAUCACGGAUGGGUCUAAGACGCAGGGCAACUUUGUACUUAAGUAA